AUGAUAGCAUUAAAAUCCAAAUUUUGGGAUGUUUCUGUGAAUGAUGCUGUUGUUGCUGCUGCCAUCUCUAAGUUGAAAGAAUUAUUAAAAGAAUAUGAUCUAAAGGAUAUUUACAAUAUGGAUAAAACUAGUCUUGAACCUAAUACAACUUUAGCUACUAAAUGCCUUAAAGGAAAAAAAAAGAUUUGA